AGAUAGAGACUAUAAUGCAGAUACACGGAAAAACGGAGGAAUUGCAGUAUAUCUUCGACAGAACUUGGAAGUAAUUCGUGUCAUUCGGGAAACAGAAUUUGAAAUGAUUAGUAUUAUACUUAUUCUCCCAACGGGACAUAAAAUGUUAGUUAUUGGAUACUAUCACCCUCCAAGAUUUAGUUAUGAUGAAACAGAUAUUUUGAAUCGAAUUGUGGAAGUCGUUGACAAUUUUUUAGACAUUAACCCAAAUGGCUUAGUUCUCUUUGGUGGAGACAUUAAUCAUCUAAACGUUAGUCAACUUUCCACAAUGUCUGGCAUGUUGCCUUUGGUAGACUUUCCCACUACUGGGCAAGUAAUUCUUGAUAACUGCUUUACAAAUAGACCGGAAUUUUUCAAUAAAGCAUACCCAUUGCAUAUACAAAUGAAAACAGACCACUUGGGAGUCAUUAUCCCGGCAGGAAUAAAAUUGAAACCCCUCCGCACUAAAAUCAGCUUUAGGGACUACAGAGCACAGAAUAAAGUCAAAUUUCAAAAGAAGCGUGCUGAGAAAAGUUGGUCUGAAGUUACGUCAUUGGAAACAGUUGAAGAAACAACUAAAGUACUGGAGAACACUAUCCACAAUAUGAUAGAUGAAUGUUUUCCAAAGGAAACAGUUACUCUUUCCACUCGUGACCCUCCAUGGAUCUCUCCACUCUUAAAGUAUUAA